UUCGUGGUUGUGUCUUCCGGGUAUUAUGGGGCUAUUCCUAAACACGGUUGCGUUUUUCCCGUAGUGGUAAAGCGGUGUGUACCUUGCAUCGUACGCAUACGGCGUUACGGACACCUUGGUUGCCAGAAAGGGGGCCCGGGCGCGCAGUAUCCGCUGUGCGCUUUUCAGUCGGGUGAGUGGAGUUCUGAGUUUGACGUAAGCAAGACCCUCGAAGCUUUAGACGUGGCGGUCCCACAGAAGCACUCUUACUCGCUAAGGCUGAAAUUGGUGCAACAUUAUACUACUAAAGUGCUUCAAGAUGUGGCAUAAAGCUUUCUUGGCUGCGCUGCUAGCUUUGAGUAUAGGCUACUACUAUCAGAUGCACCCAGAAUUUCCAGAACUUGCCAAGCAAUAUGUCUACAGCCUGAUUCAGCCCUUUUCUGCCCAUAUCUCAUCUCUUCAAGUCAACAGUCAUACAGCCUCCUCUGAACUGACCAUCUCAUUGGCUUGGGAAGCUCUAAUCACCAGCCCCUUAAAACAGUGGAGCAAAAUAGCUGUUGGAGUGAAUGCAUGUGUAGAUGUUGUGGUGACAGGAGUUGGACUUCUUCAGGCUCUUGCCCUAGAACCUGGAAAGGGAAAAGACCAUGAAAUUCUGCGUUCAAAAGAAGAUCUGAAGGAAGCAUUUCUGUAUCAUAUGUCAAAAGGUGCAGCAGCUGAGCGCUUCUAUUCUGAUGAGGAGAUGUUUCAAAGGAUUGCACGGGCAGCCUCUGAGUAUCCUGGUGCUCAGGUGUAUGUAGGAGGAAAUGCAGCCCUCAUCGGUCAGAAGUUAGCAAGACAUCCCCAAGUGACAGUGCUACUCUGUGGUCCGGUUGGCCCCAAACUCCAUGAACUUCUAGAUGAGCAGAUCCUUGUUCCACCCGAGUCCCUUCAGGAAACUGAUGAGUACCAUCUCAUUUUGGAGUACAAAUCAGGAGAAAAGUGGGGCUCAUCUCAGGCCCCCAAUGCAAAUCGCUUUAUCUUUUCUCAUGAUGUGUCUAAUGGAGAGAUGAAUGUGCUGGAAACCUUUGUUGCAAGCUUGGAAGAGUUUAAACCAGAGUUGGUGGUGUUGUCAGGCCUUCAUAUGAUGGAAGGUCAAGGAAGAGAAGUUUGGGAGCAUCGACUUCAUGAGGCAGUUGCAGCCAUAUCCAGCAUCCCUAAUAAAGUGCCUAUCCACCUGGAGCUGGCAAGCAUGACUGACAAAGAUUAUAUGAACAAUAUUGUGAAACAGCAGGUCCUGCCAAGAGUGAACUCAAUUGGACUGAAUGAACAAGAACUGCUGUUUGUCUCUCAAGCUGGUUCUGGCCCUCAUUCAGAAUUACAUUCUUGGAAUGGCUUUCCAGACAUAGGGAAGGUCAGUGACAUCUUAUUCUGGAUUAUCAAGGAGUACGGGCAUGGUGAAGAAAACAGUGAAGCCAGUCUCACCCGUAUCCACUUCCACACUUUGGCCUAUCAUAUCUUGGUCACUACAGAUGGUUUUUGGUCCAAUCAAGUGUCGGCAGUGUCUGCAGGAGCAAGAGUUGCAGGAACUCAAGCUUGUGGUACGGAAAGGAUUGAUAUCGGCAGAGUCUUUCUUAAAAUUCCCUUUGAAUUCCAAGUUUCUGCUUCUGGCACUGGACAUAAAGUGACAUUAAAUCCAUCAAACCCUGUUACUGUGUGGCAAAGAGAAAACACCUCUUUCUUUUUAACACCUGUUUUAGUCUGUAAAAAUCCUCUUCGGACUGUAGGAUUAGGAGACGCCAUCUCAGCAGAAGGACUGCUAUAUUCCGAAAUGAUCAAAAAGUAAUGAAUACUGACUAAGCCAAAUGAUCACCCUUAGCAUGCAAAAACAGAAAGAAAUCAAUGAUUUUUUGGAACACAUAAUCAAGAAUAAUGUUCACAGUGAUGAUUAAGACGUAACCGUAUGUAGUAAUUGAUCAUUUCAAAUUUAGAAUUGAUAUUUCCAUUGAUACAAAUGGGGAAGGUUCUUCAACACUUCCCACAAUACCUGAACAUUAGUGAAGGUCAGGCCAAGGGUUGGCUUACCUUAUGUUCAAUUUGGAAUGCUCAUUGCACUCUUGUGUCUGUCUGUUGCUGGGUGGAACAACACUCUGUUUCUAGAAGAUGAAAUCUCAAGUGUGCAAUACUUGUUGGAUGAGUGGAGAUAUGGCUUUGUUUUUCUCUUUCAUAAAACUUAUGGACCUUUAGACAGAAUGCACUGUAAAUGUAUCCAUCAUCCAUCCAAUAUGUUGUUCACUUUUGAAUCUAGAGGGUCUUAUGCUGUUGUAAAAAAAUGCACACCCUGAAUGUCCAAAAAGUCUUUGUCAGAGGAACUUUGGUUUAACUGGUGCAGACGGUUAGAGACACUACAGUGCCUUGACAUUCUUUGAGCUUUUCUAUGUGCACAUCCUGUUCUAUAAUGCUGUUACCAUAAACUUUGGGUCAAGUUAGAGGUUUUUAAAUAGCCAUCAACUUUAAAAUUAUGCAAAAUCAGUUAAUUAUUAAAGGUACAGGGUUAUCAAGCUUUAGAGUGAACUGAAAGAUGAUGCUCAUGGCGAGAUUAUUUAGUGUCCUGUGUUGCAAAUCAGUUGGGAUGAUUGAUGUGCAAGUCUGAAUUGACAAAAUUCUAAGGAAUUUAACUCAAUAUGUAUAUAUUUGUAUGUAAUUCUUUAAGUUCUCUGGCUGUUUUUCUAGAGUCUACAAGAUGAUUAGUGUUUGGUGAGACAUUUACCAGGACAGUGAGGAUGCUUUGUUUGAACUUAUUCAUUAAUUAUAAAACUAGAAAGCACCGGUUAAAAGCCAUGGAGUUGAUUUCUGCAACUAAAGUGGGAUCUCCUCGAAACACUGUAGAAACUGCAUCAUGGGAGGCACUCGCAGUAGGUGGGAGAUGGCGUCAAUCUGUACUUUACAAGCACUCCAAAUGCAGAAUUUUUUUCAUUUAGUAUUAGCUUCCUGUUUUUAAGUAACUGAUUUGAUAAAAUGUAAAAUAUUUUUAUUUGCUAUUUCUAGUGCUGUGUUGAGAUUUUGCUAAAUUGUGGGAAAUUCAUGUCCAUAAAAUUACCAGUAAGGUUUCAAAUUGUCUCCCAAAAAGCCACAUUUUAUGUAACAAAAAAAUAUGAAAAUUACAGCUUUUUACAAAACAAUUUUCAGCUCUUCUUGUGAAGUCUUAAUGUUUUAUCCAAGUAUAUAUUUCAGUGAUAAUUACCAGCUUUUAUUUUUUUUUCUCUACUACUAUUGUAUUUUUAUAGAGAUUUCUCAAAGUGAACUAAUUCAGGUGUGUGCAUGAUGUAACAAAAGAAAAAAAAAAAAAAAGGUAUUUUUUAUACGAAAUAAUUUAUUGUUCACAAUAUAAAUUUGUGAAAUGUUCCAUACUAAACCGCUAUCAGUGCGGCCGCGGUAAACAAAUUUAACACCAAAGUAACAGUCGUGCGUUAGGAGAGAUGCCCUUUAAUGUGCUACUACAAUCGCUUCAACCUGAGCAGAAAUAAAAAUAGUUUCAUAAAAUUAAUUUUGACAUGGAAAGUCUCUUUGUCAGCACAGACAUCUUGCUUCCACACAUAUUUCGUAUAUACUGGAAUGUAGAGAAUAGGAUUGUUGGAAGGAAGAGAUUCAUAUGGUACUGCACUAGCCUGUGAACCAUUGUGCAUUAAAUGAAGAAGUCCUUAGCCUUUAUGCAAUUUUUCCUGCUGUGUAAAAUAAAAUGUAUUACAACUUC